CCCAAGGCACUGCCCUCAGCCUCUUGGCAGCUGUGUCUUCACAGCCAAGGAGAAGCAGCAGCCUAGAGUAGGAGGAAGAUUGUGGGCUUUGGUGGCUCUGGGUUCUGCCACUUUCUAGCUGGGAGCUUGGACAAUCCACUUCAGCCUCCCUGAACCCGUUUUCCUCCCAUGUGAAGAGAAUGCCAGUUCACAUUCCUUGGCCACCUCUUUGGUGGCAGACAUCAUCUGAAGCACGUUAGGUGUAUUACCUCUUUAAUCUCCACAAUAGCCCUGGGAGAUGGACACUAUCAUGCCCCCCAUGGUUAUAGUUGAGGAGACUGAGGCACGGGAAAUUAACCAGCUGGCCCAAGCUAGAAAGGUAUAGAACCAGGAUUAGAACUGGAGCCACCGGGCUCCAGGAUCCUACACCAGCUCGCAGCUUUGAGAAUUAAGCACCUGGCUGCUAACCGAAAGACUGAUGAUUCAAACCCACCCAACAGUUCUGUGGGAGAAAGACCUGGCCAUCUGCCUCUGUGAAGAUUCCAAAAAAAAAAAACCAAACCCAUUGCCAUCAAGUCAAUUCUGACUCAUAGCGACCUACAGGACAGAGUAGAACUGCCCCACAAGGUUUCCAAGGAGCGCCUGGUGGAUUUGAACUGCCAACCUUUUGGUUAGCAGCUGUAGCACUUAACCACUAUGCCACCAGGGUUAACCUAGAAAACCCUGUGGGGCAGGUCUACCCUGUCAUGUGGGACUGCUGUGAGUCAGAAUCAACUCAGCAGCUCACAACAACAAUUACUGUGUUAUUACUAGGUAAUAAACUCUGCUUGGGUGCCAUCAGAUUCCCGUUCCAUUCUUGCUAUGCAUUUUUGCCUAGAUGUAAUCAGUGAUUUUUUUUUUUCCCAAAGACCAGGGGCUGAGACAUUCGAAUGAAUUAUAACUUUUCUCACUGCGCCAACCCCCCCUCCCCAUAACUCGGUCUCCAUUUGCCUGUAACUUCCUGUGACAUCCCUUAAGCUGAUGAGCUGGGAUGCCUACUUGUCACCCAAACUGCCUGGUGCAGGUACAUCAGAUGGGAAACACAAAAACAAGAGACACCAGCUGCUCUCAGCCACAUAAAAGUCAAAGCCGUGAUAGACUUUCUGUGUUUCAGGGCAUGUGUCCGGUAGGUCAGCUGCCUGCUGGCCUGGUGACCUGUUGUCAUUGCCAGAGGGGGAACAUCAGGUGGAAAACGCUAAUUAGCUGGAGCGGAUGUGUGUCAGUGGCUCUCCGUGGCAGUCAGUUCUAUCUUGAAAGCAGACAGGCAGGGUCAACUCCUGCGACCAGCUAUGAGGACGAGGACCUGCCCCCUGACCCCAGUGAGGAGACGCUGACCAUAGAGGCCCGAUUCCAGCCUCUGCUCCCAGAGACCAUGACCAAGAGCAAAGAUGGGUUCCUGGGGGUUUCCCACCUGGCCCUGUCCGGCCUCCGUAACUGGACCACCGCAGCCUUGCCAAGUGCAGUGUUUGCUGCCCGCCACUUCCGGCCCUUCCUCCCCCCUCAGGGCCAGGUUGGGCUGGGCGAGCCCUGGUGGAUCAUCCCCAGCGAGCUGAGCAUCUUCACCGGCUACUUGUCCAACAACCGCUUCUACCCACCACCACCCAAGGGCAAGGAGGUCAUCAUCCACCGGCUCCUGAGCAUGUUCCACCCUCGGCCUUUUGUGAAGACCCGCUUCGCCCCCCAGGGUGCUGUCGCCUGCCUGACAGCCAUUAGCGACUUCUACUACACAGUGACGUUCCGGAUCCAUGCGGAGUUCCAGCUCAGCGAGCCACCGGACUUCCCCUUCUGGUUUUCCCCUGGCCAGUUCACCGGGCACAUCAUUCUCUCCAAAGACUCCACCCAUGUCCGCGACUUCCGACUCUUUGUGCCCAACCACAGGUCUCUGAACGUGGACAUGGAGUGGCUGUAUGGGGCCAGUGAGAGCAGCAAUAUGGAAGUGGACAUUGGCUACAUACCCCAGAUGGAGCUAGAGGCCACGGGCCCCUCAGUGCCCUCCGUGAUCCUGGAUGAGGAUGGCAAUGUGAUCGACAGCCGCCUGCCCUCAGGGGAGCCCCUCCAGUUUGUCUUUGAAGAGAUCAAAUGGCAGCAGGAGCUGAGCUGGGAGGAGGCUGCCCGGCGCCUGGAAGUGACCAUGUACCCCUUCAAGAAGGUCAGCUACCUGCCAUUCACUGAGGCCUUCGACCGAGCCAAGGCUGAAAACAAGCUGGUGCACUCGAUCCUGCUGUGGGGGGCCCUGGAUGACCAGUCCUGCUGAGGUUCAGGGCGGACUCUCCGGGAGACUGUCCUGGAGAGUUCGCCCAUCCUCGCCCUCCUCAAUGAGAGCUUUAUCAGCACCUGGUCCCUAGUGAAGGAGCUUGAGGACCUGCAGAACAGCCAGGAGAACCCAUCCCACAAGAAGCUAGCUGGCCUGCACCUGGAGAAGUACAGUUUCCCGGUGGAGAUGAUGAUCUGCCUGCCCAAUGGCACCGUGGUUCACCACAUCAACGCCAACUACUUCCUGGACAUCACCUCCAUGAAGCCCGAGGAUGUCGAGAGCAACGUCUUCAGCUUCUCAUCCAGCUUUGAAGACCCGUCCACAGCCACCUACAUGCAGUUCCUGAGGGAAGGGCUCCGACGAGGCCUGCCCCUCCUCCAGCCCUAGUGUGCCCACCAGGCCAGUGGGAGCCAGGCUGCCUGGGGGAUCUGGAAAGAAGGACCUCCAGCCCUGACAGACAGGCCUCUAGCCCCUCCCACCCCAGAGCCAGAGUGGUCCUUGGCACAUUUGACUUUAGACACUCCCACUCCCAGCUCACUCUUAGGCAGCCUUGUGGGGUCUGAGGUCAACUAAGGGUGGCCAUCCCAGCUUUGCCCAAUGACAGUGAGCAGACAAGGGGUACCUGGGCUGGCUGGUAGGGUAAGACUCCGGCUUGGGCUGCCACUCUCUCCCCUUCCCUACCCAUCUGGCCCUGGACCUCACCACUCAGUCAUACAGUCCAGGCCCUUGUGGGGUGAAGAGUAAGGAAGAGUGAAUUCUAGGGAGAGUGGGCCGCCCCUCUGUCCUUACUUUCACCCCCUGCCCAAAAGAAGCAUUAAGAAAUCGGGGCCCAGGGGAGCCAGGCUGCCAAGGAACAACUCCUGUUUGUCUGGUGCCUUCCUUCCUGGCCAUACCCUGGCUGCCCUCCUGGUCCCAAUGUCCCCAGCCUUCUGGAGCCCCUGGGUAAAACUAGGGUCACUCCCACCCUUCAGAAGUUAUAUGGUACCGCCUGCUGUUCCCCAAGUUUGGGACUUGCCACUUCAUCUGACCUAAUGAUGGGACCCCAGAACCUUAUCUCAUGACCUAAGGGAGGCCAGCUGCCUGGGGAAGUUUACUGUAAAGUAGGCUUCUGCCCUUAGCAAGGGGAACGAGCAUGGGGCCCCUGAGGCCCAGGGCUAAGGCACCCCCACCACCUACUCCAGCACAGUCACAGAAAGACUGCUGGAGCCAGCGUCCCUCAAAAUGCCUCCUGCCCCUCAACUUCAUAGAAGUGCAGUCCAGCCAAAGGACUCUGCUUCCCCUAGAGCCGGUGCUGUCCCGUCCAUCCAGGGCUGCCCCCCAGCGUGUCCGCCAGUGACUCUUCUUGUGGCAGUCCAUGUCCUGAGCCACUGACCACAGCCAGUCUUUUUUAUAUAUGCCGAAAAUGUUUCUAUGUGAACUUUCUCACAGUUAGUAUGUAUUUUUGAUAACCCCAGUGCUGAGGAGAAAGAAGGAAGUGAUGGUUUCCCCAAGCAACUGCCCCAUGACAGCUGGGUCUGAAAUCCUAGAUGGACCCAGUUUGAUGUCUUUGCAGUAGCACCUCUGGGAAGAAACCUCUCUUCCGUCUCGUCUUCCGGCUUUUUAAAACAUUCCUCAGAGGAUCAGUGCAUACUCAGACCUCUCCUUGUCCUCCACUCAGGCCCACAAGGGGCCUCUGGGCUUUUAUGGGGACCUUGGGGCCAGGCCACACCCCCAGCCCUCAGGCCAGGGGCUCGCUCUUAAACCUGGCAGAGGAAGAACAGACAUUUCAUCUCUGAUAUGCCAAGUUCCCGUUUGCCCUCGAAGUGUCCACAUUGAGGCUUCCUUACAGCUAGUGUUGGUCUCAACUGUGUAUCAAAUGAAAAUGUAGCCAGUCAUCAGGAGCCUUCUCUAUCCAAGGCACUUUGCUGAGAUUACAUGUAUUUCUCAUUUCAUCCUCCCAGCAAACCUGCAAGGUGGAUGUGACUUGUUCCCAUUUUGUAGAUGAAGAAACUGAGGCUCAGGGAAGUGAAGUGACUUGCACAAGAUUACUUAGAGUGUUAGAUUCAAAGUCACAUGUGACUCCAAAGCCUGUAUCUUGUUUUGGGGGUGUUUUGUGCUGCAUCCCCACCUCUCCCCCCUGCCUGUUUUCACUGAGGUGGAAUGGAAAGUCUUUCAAGCCAAAAUGUCUCAGUCCCCUCUGAUCUCAGAUUAAAUGAGGCAGGAGCCAGCAAGCUCAGCCAGGCUUUGCGUCCUGGGAGGCAGUGCUAUCUGGGCCCCUUACAGGGAGGGAGGGCAGCUUCACCUAUCUCAGUGGCUCCACCAUCUCAUUAGAGGUGGGUGACAGUAGCCCAUCCAAUGAGCCACCUAAUGUCAUCAGAGGGACCACCCAGCAUCAGCAGAGACUCAGUCUCCCCACCUCAGCAAGCCCUCACCAUCAUGCUGCUCCAGCAGGGCCGAGUCCACACGGAGUGACCCUUGUCCCAUGGCCUCCAGGCCUGCCCUGCUUUCCCGUGAAGGCAUUGAUUUAUUAGGCUUUGUGCCUCCUCAACGGAUGCCUCCAUCUGUCCCCUGCUAUGCCUUGAGGCACAUGGUAGGUGAGGGCCUCCAACUGCCCUCUUGUGGUCCCUCUGCUGUCCCCAACAUGUUGUAUAAUAAAAUUGGAGAGACUGUG